AUGCCGUCUACAGUCUUAGAGAAGAGCUUCGGGUCAACCUUGCCGGCUGCCUGGUAUCGCGAGCAGGCCUUCUACGACCUUGAGCGCAGGGCUAUCUUCUCAAACCAUUGGCUGCUCAUCACACAUGCUAGCCGGUUCCGCGAAUCUGGGCAGUAUGUCCGAUUUGAAAUGGCUAACUAUCCCUUCUUCGUCAUUAAGGACAGGCAGGGCAAGAUCAAUGCUUUCCUUAACGUUUGUCGUCACCGCGCCUUUCCUCUGAUCCAUCAAGACAGCGGCACGGCUAGGAUAAUAGCAUGCAAAUACCAUGGCUGGUCGUAUGGAAUCAACGGCAAGCUGGCCAAGGCGCCACGCUUCGACAGCCUGCCGGACUUUGACAAGUCGGAAUUCUCACUUUUCAAGAUCCACACCCAUAUCGAUAAAAUGGGCUUCAUCUACGUCAACUUCGACAAUUCGCCUGAACCAAUCCCCUGGAGCUCCCAGUUUGGCGGCAUUGACGAACAGCAGAGGAUGAAUCAGUUCAACCUAGACGAUUACGUCUUCGACCAUGACUGGAAAAUGGACGGAAAUUUCAACUGGAAGGCCCUGGUCGAGAACUAUAACGAGUGCUACCACUGCUCCGUUGCUCAUCCUGGCUUUGCCUCCUUCUUGAAGCCCGAAGGCGACUUUCCCAAAGCUUUUAAGAAAAACUUCAUCGAAUAUUAUGUGGAGGGUUCCAUGAAGGCUGAUGCUGUGGUCAUCCCAGCGGCUCCACAGUUCUUGUUUCCCAAUGCUACUAUGACUAUUUCUGGCGCUUUCUUUUACAUGAUGUCCGCAGUACCAACGUCACCAACAACAUCGAUUAUGUCAUACCAAAUCUUCCGCAACAAGACGGCCUCUGACGAAGACUUCAACGAUGCUUGCGAGUUCUUCAAACAGGUAGAAAGAGAGGACAAAGUACUCGGGAACGGAGUUCAGAUCAACCUGAACACAGAUACCUACAUUGCAGGGCCCCUUCACCCCAGAAUGGAGGACGCAGUAAUUCAGUUCCAGUCAUGGCUACGGUCCAAGCUCCAUGAGCAUCGAGCCCAGGAACAGAAUGGAGGCGGUGAGAUCUGGCCAGCUCGCCGUGCUCGGCAAGAAGAUGCGCAACUUGAAGAGGACCUCCCCGAUUAG